AUGAAAGCCUCUGCUGCCUCUGCGCUGCUGGUCACCCUCAGCGCAGCCGUCCAGGCCCGGCCGGCGGUCGACACCCGCUACCCGUACACUGGCCCCAACGUGCCCGUGGGCGACUGGGUUGAUCCUACGAUCAAUGGCAAUGGGAAGGGCUUCCACCGUCUCGUGCAGCAGCCAGCGGUCAGGCCAGGGUCUGCCAAUCCACGGAACAAUGUCAAUGUGGUGUCGCUGUCCUACAUUCCCGAUGGCAUGCACAUUCACUACCAGACCCCCUUUGGGCUUGGGGAACCACCGUCAGUCCACUGGGGCAAGAGCCCUCAGCAUCUGAACAGGGUUACCCGUGGUGUUUCUCACACGUAUGACCGCACCCCAUCAUGCUCCCAAGUCAAGGCCGUCACCCAGUGCAGCCAGUUCUUCCACGAAGUCAGCCUCGAGCACCUCGAGUCAGGAGCGACAUACUACUACCAGAUCCCCACAGCUAAUGGCACAACCGAGUCGGAGGUCCUAAGCUUCACGACCGCCCGGAAGGCCGGUGACAAGGAGCCCUUCUCCAUCGCGGUGCUCAACGAUAUGGGCUACGCCAAUGCCCAGGGCACUCAUCGGGAGCUGUUGAACGCGAUCAACGAGGGAACCGUGUUUGCCUGGCACGGCGGUGACAUCAGCUACGCCGACAGCUGGUCCUCUGGUAUUUUCGCCUGCUCGGACGACUGGCCGCUCUGCUAUAACGGGACCAGCUCCAGCAUCCCCGGUGGCGUCCCCAUUCCAGACGAAUACAAGGAGCCCCUUCCGGCCGGCGAAAUCCCAAACCAGGGCACUCCGCAAGGCGGCGAUUCAAGCGUUAUCUACGAAUCGAACUGGGACAUCUGGCAGCAGUGGAUGAGCAACAUCACGACGCAGAUACCGUACAUGGUGGCGCCGGGGAACCACGAAGCCGCAUGCACCGAGUUCGACGGGCCUGGCAACCCGCUAACUGCGUAUCUCAACGACGAUAUCUCCAACGGCACCGCGCCCGAGACCAACCUGACCUACUACAGCUGCCCCCCAUCACAGCGCAACUUCACCAGCUACCAGAACCGCUUCCGCAUGCCAGGUGCUGAGAGCGGCGGCGUGGGUAACUUCUGGUACUCAUUCGACUACGGCCUGGCGCACUUUAUCACCGUGGACGGCGAGACCGACUUCCCCAAUAGUCCGCUGGCGCCGUUCGCAAAGGAUGUAUCUGGUGAUGAGGAACUUCCCACGGCGGACGAGACGUUCGUCACGGACAGCGGACCAUUCGGUGGCAUUGACGGGGACAUCAAGGACAAGCACUCGUACGAGCAGUAUAGAUGGCUGGAGGCAGAUCUCGCCUCGGUUGACCGCAGCAAGACGCCGUGGGUGUUUGUGAUGAACCACCGACCGAUGUACAGCUCCGAUCCCUCGGCUUACAUGCAGGAUGAGCGCAAUGCAUUCGAGGAUCUCCUGCUUCAAUAUGGAGUCGACGCCUAUCUCACCGGACACAUGCACUGGUACGAGCGCCUGUUUCCCCUAGCUGCAAACGGCACAAUCGACCGCAGUGCCAUCAUCGACAACAACACGUAUAUCGCCAACGGGCGCUCAAUGACGCACCUUGUCAACGGCAUGGCGGGCAAUUUCGAGGGUCACCUCGAGUUCACCCCCGGCGCGGGAAUGACGGAGAUCACGGCGCUGCUGGACAAGACGCACUUUGGGUUCAGCAAGCUGACGGUGGUGAGCGAGAACGAGGCCCGGUGGGAGUUUAUUCGGGGUGAUGACGGGGCGGUUGGCGAUGCUUUGACUCUGGUUAAGCCUCGUUGA